AUGGGAAAACUCAUACGCCUCGAGCUUUUUAAUUUCAAGUCGUAUAAGGGGCACCAUGUACUCUUGUUUGGAGACUCGUAUUUUACCUCCAUAAUCGGUCCAAACGGCUCUGGAAAAUCGAAUUCCAUGGACGCGAUCUCUUUUGUUCUAGGCAUCAAAUCGUCUCAUUUACGAUCUGCACAAUUGCGAGAUCUCGUAUACCGCGGAAGAGUAUUGAAAACCUCAAAAAUCAACGACGAUGGAUCCGCGGUUGACCCAACUGCCAAUGGACUCGCAAAUGGGGAUGGGGAAGGUUCGGAUGAGGAAUCACAAUCCCAAAAACCAGCGCGCAACGAUCCCAAGAGUGCGUGGGUUAUGGCUGUUUACGAAGAUGAUCAAGGCGAGGAACAGAAAUGGAAGCGUUCAAUCACAAACCAAGGUGCCAGUGAAUAUCGCAUCAACGAUCGCGUCGUCACCGCACAAGCAUACAAUGAUGCCCUUGAAUCAGAAAACAUAUUGAUUAAAGCUCGAAACUUUUUGGUGUUUCAAGGCGAUGUUGAAGCUAUUGCGUCGCAAUCACCGAAGGAUCUGACCCGACUCAUCGAACAAAUAUCUGGCAGUCUGGAAUACAAAGCUGAAUAUGAAAGAUUACAAGAGGAGGCAGAGAAGGCAGCAGACGAGCAAAAUUAUAGCCUCCAUCGCAGACGUGGCAUUAAUUCCGAGAUCAAGCAGUAUCAAGAGCAAAAGAAAGAGGCUGAGGCCUUCCAGAACAAGGCAGUGGAAAAGGAUGAAGCCAUCAUUGAGCACAUCUUAUGGAAGUUGUACCAUUUUCAAAGAGUGAUGGACGAGUCGAGCGCUAGCAUUCAAGAACACCAGGAAAACCUGAAGGAGUACCGCCGUGGCGUGGAAAAGUAUCAGAAUAACUUGGAUGCGGCUAGAGCAGAACAAGCCAAGGUUAACAAAGAUGCUAGCCGGAUAGAGCGAAAUAUUAAGCGGAAGGAAAAGGAGCUCGAGGAGAAGGAAGUUGAGUUGGUACCAUUUGAUGAAAAAAUCAAGACUGUCACAUCUCAAAUCGAAAUGUUGAGAAGAAAGUCGGUCCUCAUAGGAAAAGAGCGGGACGACAAGUCCGGGAAAAUUGCGAAACUUAAAAAGGACCUCGCGUUGGUUGAAAAGGCACAGAAACAAUUCGAGGUCCAGUGGCAGGAAACUCUUAAAAAUCAGGGAAAGCAAUUAAGUGACGAUGAUUUCAAGGAGUACCAGAAGCUUAAGUCCGAAGUCGUCAAGAAGACAUCCGAGGAUCAAGCUAAGCUUGACAACCUGGUCCGCCAAUUGAAAACCGACGAAGUAACCGCGAACAGUCUGAAAGGUAAAAUGGAGGCUGCGCAGGCUUCGGUAGAAAAGCUCCAAAGUGAGUUGGACACCAGCAUGAGACGCAGAGACAACCUCAAGGAGUCGAUUGCCGAGACAACUAGGGACAGGAACGCCAAGAGAGAGGAGCAUAACUCUCUCAGGUCAGAACGCGUUCGACACAACCAAUUGAAGACUGACCUCGAAGAAAAACUUCAAGAAAUUCUCAAACAAAUCAAAGAGGGUGAAUACGGGCGAAGAGAGGGCGAGAAGGAGAGAAGAGUCAAAGAAACAAUAACCGAAAUGAAGCGAAUAUUCCCUGGCGUUAAAGGACGGAUCGGCGACCUUUGCAAGCCUAAGCAGAAGAAAUUCGAAGAAGCUGUAAGUACAGCUCUUGGUCGAGACUUUGACUCCAUUGUUGUCGAUACGGAGAAGACUGGUACCGAGUGUGUGCAAUGGUUGAAAGAUCGCAAAAAGUCCCCUAUGACUUUUAUCCCUUUGGACAAUAUCAAGGUCAACGCAACAAACUCUUCGUUGAAAGGACUGGCAAAGGCCCGCCUGACUAUUGAUACAAUUGAUUUUGACUCGUCUGUCGAAAGAGCUAUGUCUUAUGCAUGUGGAAGCUCGAUUGUCUGUGAUGAUAUUGCAACAGCCAAAGACAUAUGUUAUCGGAAAAAGCUUCAAGUCAAAGCUGUAACUCUGGAUGGUGUCAUGAUCGCUAAAGCUGGUAAUAUUACUGGUGGACGUGUUCCCGAAGGACGUGGUAACAAGCGAGCUUUCGGUGAUGCUGAGAUGGAUAAGCUCAGGGCUCUUGAGGAAAAAUAUACUCGCGAGAUCAGGGCACUAGAUGCCAACAAAAAGAGAACAGGCGAGGAGGAGCAAUUGACGAACGCCAUCAACAACCUACACCAGAAGGUUACCUAUGAGCAGAAUGAAUUGGUCGAAUUUGAGAAGAACAUUGCCAGUGAACAAAAGAAGCUAAAUCAUGAACAACGCCAAUUAGAAGAUGUAGAGCCCAAGUACGAAGAAAGGAGUGCAGAACUUGAAAAGUCUCGGCGAAAGGUGGAAGAGUUUCAACGGGCUAUCGCGAAAGUUGCGGACAAGAUCUUCUCCAAUUUCUGCAAGAGAACUGAAUACUCAAAUAUUAGAGAUUAUGAAGCACAGCAAGGUAGUCUCGAGCAAGAGGCUUUGGAGAAGAAGAAUGAGUUUGAGAAACAAAAACAAACGUUGAAAAGCCAGGUGGCUUGGGAAGACAAUCACCUAUUGGAAAUUAAGACACGCCUAGCUAACCUUGAGAACAACAUUGAGAAGUUUGAAUCCGACAUUGAGGAAUACGAGGCAGGAAAAGAAAAACUUUCGCAGGCGAUGGAUGAAGAUCGAGCAGCCGUGACUGAGUUGGAGGAUGCCCUUCAGAAACACAAAGAAAAACUCGCGGCAAAAACUGAUAAAGUCAAUGUCGCAAGGCACGACCUGCAAAAAGCGAGCAAGGGAAUUGAUGAGCGUACAAAAUCCAUCACGACUCUUGAGACGGUAGCUCAGCGAACCAGCGCGAACCGAUAUGCUUUGUUACGACGCUGCAAGAUGGAACAAAUAGCUGUGCCAUUGACAGCGGGCUCGAAGUCUUUAGAUAGUCUUCCUGCGAACGAGAGCUUGCAACAAGAGGACCCCGACGCCAUGGAUGUUGAUGAAGGCGAUCAGCCCCCCGAGGAAAUUAUCAACGAUUACGGCAUAGAUGUGGAUUUCGAUGGGCUUUCAGAUGACUUGAAAAAUCCCGAUGACGAAGAUGUUGAGGAGCAACUGCAAGAAAAGAUUUCUACCCUCAACUCAGAACUUGAGAAACUCAACCCCAACAUGCGAGCGAUUGAGCGACUGGAUGUUGUCGAGACACGUCUUAGAGAUACUGACAAGGAUUUCAACGCCGCUCGUGAUGCUGCAAAAGCUACUCGUGAUGCAUUCAAUGAAAUCAAGGAGAAACGAUAUGAUCGCUUCAAUAAAGCUUUCGCACAUAUAUCCGAUCAGAUCACUCAUGUGUACAAAGAUCUUACACGCUCAGCCACUUUCCCUCUCGGCGGUCAGGCAUAUCUUGAUAUUGAAGAUAGCGACGCCCCGUAUCUCUCUGGUAUCAAAUAUCACGCCAUGCCACCACUUAAACGUUUUCGUGACAUGGAGCAUCUAUCCGGUGGUGAGAAAACUAUGGCAGCCUUGGCUUUACUGUUCGCAGUCCAUAGUUACCAACCCUCACCAUUUUUCGUAUUGGAUGAAGUCGAUGCUGCUCUUGACAAUGCGAACGUAGAAAAGAUCAGAAAUUACAUCAAGGAGCAUGCAGGACCUGGCAUGCAAUUCAUCGUCAUUAGUUUGAAGACUGGACUAUUCCAAGGAAGUGAGAGUUUAGUCGGCGUUUUCAGAGAUCAGGAAGUUAAUAGCUCGAAAACUUUGACGCUUGAUUUACGCAAAUACGCAUGA